CCAACACCAAGCACAACCAACCCUUCACUGAACUUCUGCAGAGGCCAAAAAGAAAUCUCAAGCUUUCUUUCUCGCCAAGUCCUAGCCUCCGCGUCAACGCAACAACACUCCACGGCACCCAUCACCUCUUCCUCUAACACGCCCACCCAACUCAAGAUGGCCCGCACUGGAUUCGUUGCUCUGGCCUGCGCUAUGCUCGGCGCCGCCAACGCGCUGGAGGUUGUGACCCCGUCUGCUGAUCUGAUCGUGGUUGCUGACCGCACCUACACCGUGGAGUGGACCGGAGCCGAUUCCGGACGCUUCGAGAUCGACCUGUACCACUGCGGUUCUAUGUGCAUGGAGGACUCCUGCGGUGACUGGGUGACCGCUCUCUGCCCCUACGGUGAGGAGGGAUGCCCCGACAACGAGGGCGACUAUGACAUCGUCAUGCCCGAACCCAUGUCGGGGGAGUCGAACUCCGGCUACAAGGUGCGAGUGAUGGAUGUCUCGGACGAGGACAGCAUGGACUGCUCCGACGCUUUCUACCUCAUGGCCUCCGAAGACGCGCCGGACGCCGGCAGCGAGUCGGGAUACUUUCUCACCGUCACUUCGCCCGCUGAGGGCGACUCGGCGGAGGCAGGGGAAGAGUACACCGUCGAGUUCGACUACGACAACGGUGUCGGGUCGAAGGUGGACAGGUUCUCGAUCGACCUUUACAUGGCUGACGGCGACGGUGACUGCGGCACCUACGUGACCUCUAUCUGCGACAAGCCUUCAAUCGGGUGCAAGGACUCCAUGGGCGACUACGACGUGGAGAUCCCCGCGGACACCGAGGCUGGUGACUACAAGAUCCGAGUAGGCCGCUUCGAGGACGAGGAAUUGUACGGCUGCUCUGGCACCUUCACGAUCAUGGGCGGUGACGACGAGAGCAUGUCGUACGACUUCUAAGUGUCGGACGAUUGCUGAGGAGGGGCAGGGUUGAAAAUAUAACUUUUUUCGGUCGAAUUCCUCGACUGAGCGGUGUCCAUCGUUGGUAGUAUGAGAGUCAUGUUGCACCUCUGGUGCAAGAUGGUGGGAGAGUAGCACCGUUUUUUUUAUUUCACACAAUCGUAUUCUCCUAGAACUAUUCAGUCUUUGGGCUGUCUACCAUACUUUUUCCUAGAUGCCUGAGAAUGUCACGGCACAUCCGACAACGGGGAUGUACACGACUGCGUCGUUUUUGUGGGAUUCCCGUCUCCUGGUUUGUGGCGGCAUCGACAUGCACGGCAUGGUCGAGUUUUGAGCGCAUGCUUCACCGUCCAGUGCCGCUCCUUGGCCAAGCAAGACUUACGUGUAGCCCGCUGUAUGGUUUUCGAGGCGUGCGCUCGUUCUUUUUCCCAGCACCACCACAUGAGUCGAGGUUUUGUAUGGCCAGGUGUGCGGGAAAUGAAUCCCUUCCACGUUACGUUGUCCCCGUUGUAAAUUAGAUUUUCUGCAUUGGCGUCUGUUGAACCUGGCUUGGAGGUUGCCGUCGACUCCCACGAUUGUGUGUGUGUGAUGUCACAUUCUUCCCCCGGCUAUGGUUCGGCACUUUUACGUCGCGUCGCGUCUUGUGGUAUUCAUGUAAGGCAGCGCGCGCGCUACAUUUUUGGUGUAUAAUUUCUUGUACGUUGCCCCCUCCUUCUCCCUCCCUUCGAGAGGGCAGAUCGGGCGUUGUGGCAACAAGUAUAUGUUUCUUGGCGAUAAAGUUAGCGAGAGGCUGCAAUGCUACAAGCAUACAACCUGCGCUGGUCGAGUUCGCACAGUAGUAGGUGCUGUGGUGAUUGUAAGUUUGUACGACGUACUAAAGAUUAAACUAGACCGGGCGUCAACGUUUCCUGUCUGUAGUGAGUCGUCCCUUUCGCUGUGGUGGGGAGGGUGGUUUGCUUUAGUUGCUUCUGGAAGUCAUCGGAUACUGUUUUCAGUUAGGCCUGCAUUGGGAUUCUUUUUGCUUCGAGCGCAGCCUUGAGCUUGCCCUCAACUUCGUGUCAUGAAUAUAUGAAGAUUGUUUUCAUGACUGCAAAUAUUUGCGAGAGCAUUGAUCGAAAUAUAUGAACGAAUAUCAACUGU